AUGAGCAAAUCGAAAGUAAACUCAAGAAGUGUAAGUGAAUUGUUGAAGCCGUACGAAAAUUUAUUGGAUAAACUACCGGAUGAAAAACCAUUGAAGGCAAAAUUAAUUGAAACACCAUUGGGACAAAUAUUUGCGGUGUCAAAUGAACGGGCUUUGGUGUUUGUUGUCUUUGCCGACAGUCGACACUUUGACCGUGAAAUAAAGAGCUUCAUCAAAAUCCACUCAAAGGCCAUCAUUGACGAGGAGGUGAAACCAUUGAAAACGGUCGAAUCGGAAAUCAAGGCAUAUUUCGAUGGGAAAUUGAAGGAGUUUGACACACCGUACGAAAUUGAUGCGGCUGGUACUGAAUUUCAACGCAAAAUUUGGGAUGAAAUCAACAAAAUUGACUACGGAAAAACCAUCACAUUUGCUGACCUCGCCAAGGCUGUGGGUAAACCUGGAGCAGCUCAACCUGUUGCAAAUGCUGCCGGUCGUAAUCCAAUAGCACUCAUCAUUCCAAGCCAUCGUGUUUUAUCGGCUGCCAAACCAAAUGAUGCCGGCAAUAGUUGCAUCGUACGCCGUGAAUGGCUGUUGAAUCAUGAGAAGAAAUUCGCACAGAAAAAGUGA